GGAAAGAGGGGCGACAGGGAAUCCCAGAAAAGGAGAAACGUAACCUUCUGUCGCUGCAUUUCAGGAAGUCUUGGAUGACUGAGUGAAACGAAAUAGUGGGAAGUGGUUGUAGAAGACGCGCGCGCGCGUGGAGUGAUGUUUACAGGAGAGGACAGGCGAAUCAGCAGCGAGCAGCUCAACUCCACCACGGCGCGCUCACCCUCCCCUCCAUCCCUGACGUAAAAAAAAAAAAAAAUCCGCUUGUUUUCGCGGAGCUCCGGAUUCGCGUCGCUCUUUUGUCAUCACAAGCGCAAAGCACUUUCUUGUGCAAACAGAGGCUGAACCCGGCGUCCCCCCAUUCCCCCUCCCUCCAGGGAUCGUUGUUUUGUUUUUUAAGGAGGCCUCAGCAGCUGGACAGGCACCGUGGCGCGCGGACCUCUGGCAAAAUGUCAAGGAUGCUCCGAGAAGGACCUGACUGCGCAUCAUGAGGUAGACGGCAUGUCUGACAACAGAGGAGGAGGACGAGGAGGAGGAGGACACACGGGAAGCUGAAGCUGAAGACAGCGUCCCCUUUCUAACAACCUCAUGGACAUGUGUGGGUUUCUGUGACACGGACCUCCGUCUGCACCGUGCGCCUUUUUGUGGGGGCGCGGGUUUGUUGCUCGUCGGGUGUGAACUGGAAUGCUGGAGCCCCACCGACCGKCUCUAAACACCGAUUCUAAAGAGUCACAGGACCACUUUGGUUGGAAGGGAGCCCCUCCUGUUAGGAGCMCCGCAGCUCCCUACUGGACCUCGCCAUGGAUGACUCGGGGAUAAUAAGACGCAGGAGGCUGCAGGAUUUGCCGUUGCCUCGUAAAAACAGCAGUUGUCGAACGAGCAACAGGAAAAGCCUGAUCCUGACGACCACGUCUCCCACGCUGCCUCGCCCUCACUCCCCCCUGCCCCUCCCUGGACACCUCGGAAGCAGCCCCCUGGACAGCCCCCGAAACUUCUCCCCAAGCAACCCUGCACACUUCUCCUUUGCCUCCUCCAGAAGGGCGGAUGGGAGACGAUGGUCUUUAGCAUCUUUGCCCUCUUCUGGAUAUGGCACAAACACUCCCAGCUCAACGUCCUCCAGCUCCUCUCAGGAGCGGCUGCACCAGCUGCCCUCCCAGCCCACCAUGGACGAGCUCCACUUCUUAUCCAAGCACUUUGGCAGCACAGAGAGCAUCCCAGACGACGAUGGGGGCCGCUGCUCCCCCCACAUGCGCCCACGCUCCCGCAGUCUCAGCCCAGGACGCUCCUCCGCCUGCUAUGAUAAUGAGAUAGUGAUGAUGAACCACGUGUACAAAGAACGCUUUCCAAAGGCCACAGCACAGAUGGAGGAGAGGCUGUCUGAGUUCAUCCAGGCUUUCUCUCCGGAGAAUGUUCUACCAUUGGCUGACGGUGUGCUCAGCUUCAUCCAUCACCAGAUCGCUGAGCUGUCCAGAGACUGCCUGGCCAAAUCCCGCGAGGGCCUCAUCACCUCCGUCUACUUCUUUGAGCUGCAGGAGAAUCUGGAGAAGUUGCUUCAUAAUGCAUAUGAGCGCUCUGAGAGCUCUGAGGUAGCCUUCGUCACAGAGCUGGUGAAAAAGCUCCUCAUCAUCAUCUCCCGACCUGCACGGCUUUUGGAGUGUCUGGAGUUUAACCCCGAGGAGUUUUACCAUCUUCUGGAGGCAGCGGAGGACCACGCCAAGGAGGGUCACCUGAUGAAAACGGACAUUCCUCGUUACAUUGUCAGCCAGCUGGGACUCACCAGAGACCCGCUUGAAGACAUGGUGAACCUGGACAGCUAUGACAGCGAGGGACCGGUCACACCUGAGACAGAUGACUCCACAGAAGGUAAAAUUCAAGCAAUGAAACCACCGGGAGAGGCAGACUUUCAGACCAUCAAGCUGAUCAGUAAUGGUGCAUAUGGUGCUGUGUACUUGGUGCGUCACUUGGAGACGCGCCAGCGGUUUGCCAUGAAGAAGAUCAACAAGCAGAACUUGAGCCUGAGGAACCAGAUCCAGCAGGCCUUCGUGGAACGAGACAUCCUCACCUUCGCCGAAAACCCCUUCGUCGUCUCCAUGUUCUGCUCCUUCGAAACCCGGCGGCACCUCUGCAUGGUCAUGGAGUACGUAGAAGGUGGUGACUGUGCUACUCUGUUGAAGAACAUCGGGGCUCUGCCUGUGGAAAUGGCACGCAUGUACUUCGCAGAAACAGUCCUAGCACUCGAGUACUUACACAACUACGGCAUUGUGCACCGAGACCUCAAACCCGACAACCUCCUGAUAACCUCGAUGGGCCACAUCAAGCUGACUGACUUUGGUCUGUCUAAGAUAGGACUAAUGAGCCUGACCACCAACUUGUAUGAAGGACACAUUGAGAAGGACACGCGGGAGUUUUUAGACAAACAGGUAUGUGGGACUCCAGAGUAUAUUGCUCCAGAGGUGAUUCUCCGUCAGGGGUAUGGGAAGCCAGUGGACUGGUGGGCGAUGGGCAUCAUCCUGUAUGAGUUCCUGGUGGGUUGUGUGCCAUUCUUUGGGGACACUCCAGAGGAGUUGUUUGGACAGGUCAUUACAGAYGACAUUGUGUGGCCAGAAGGUGAUGAUGCUCUUCCUGUUGACGCGCAGCACCUGAUCUCCUCUCUGCUGCAGACAAAUCCUCUUAUGAGACUGGGCACAGGUGGUGCUUUUGAAGUGAAGCAGCACUCGUUCUUCGCCGAGGUGGACUGGAACAGCCUGCUGAGACAGAAAGCAGAGUUCAUUCCUCACCUGGAGUCAGAGGAAGACACCAGUUAUUUUGACACCCGCUCUGAGCGCUACCAUCACGUCCAGUCGUACGAUGAAGACGACACCAACGAUGACGAGCCUGUGGAGAUGCAUCGCUUCUCGUCCUGCUCCCCUCGCUUCAGCAAGGUGUACAGCAGCAUGGAGCACCUGUCUCAGCUGGAGCACAAACCUCACACUGUGACUCUGCGGGAGCACAAAGUCCCCAGAGAGGACCGGGUGGCCAAGAGAGAAAGCCUGGGAGGAGUCACCCUCAGAGACAAGAGCUGGAGGACCGGUUCUCCUGAGAUGAAGCGCUUAUCCUGCUCCGAGUCUUUCUUCACUGAGAGCGACUCCAGCCCACCAUCAGGGGCCCGCAGACGCUUCUCUGCCCUGAUGGACACRUACCGCUUUGCCUCCCCCUUAGAGCUGGACUCUGAGCUGUUUAUGUCAGCCAAGCAGCCCCCUGUAAGGACCAGAGGUGCUUCCCUGGAAGAUCCAAAAUUGCUGUCGAAAGACGGUAACGGCAUCACUGCAGGAGACAAACAUUUGAGACCUGCUGAUGCAUCGUUGCCUCUGCCAAGUCUGGGACUUCUUGACCCCCAGGGGACCCGCGGGGCCACCACAGACCUGGUGCUGCGGAGGGUCCGACAUCAACAGCUCUCCGUGGAGGGAGAGAAACCAAUCUCAAGACCAGGAACUAAAGUGAUCAAAUCUGCCUCUGCGACGGCGCUGUCUGUCAUCAUUCCAGCAGUCGAGCAACACUCUGCCUCCUCUCUGCCGAGCCCCAUGUCGCCUCGCUCCCUCUCGUCCAACCCCUCGUCUCGUGACUCCUCCCCCAGCCGUGACUUCUGCCCCACAGUGAACGUCCAGCACUCUCCCAUCACCAUCCACCGCUCCGGGAAGAAGUACGGCUUCACCCUUCGGGCUAUUCGGGUCUACAUCGGAGACAGUGAUGUUUACAGCGUGCACCACAUGGUCUGGCAUGUGGAGGAUGGAGGCCCCGCCCAGGAGGCUGGACUUAAAGCCGGUGACCUCAUCACUCACGUAAACGGGGAGUCGGUCCACGGCCUGGUCCACACAGAGGUGGUGGAGCUCAUCCUGAAGAGUGGAAACAAAGUGACGGUCACGACGACUCCCUUCGAGAACACUUCGAUAAAAGUGGGCCCUGCACGCAAGUCCAGCUACAAAUCCAAGAUGGCACGGCGCAGCAAGAGGACAGGAGUCAAGGAGGGACAAGAUAAGAAACGCAGCUCCCUGUUCAGGAAAAUCACAAAGCAGUCCAACCUGCUUCACACCAGCCGGAGCCUCUCCUCUCUGAACCGAUCUCUGUCCUCUGGAGACAGUCUCCCAGGAUCCCCMACCCACAGCUUGUCGGCCCGUUCUCCCACACAGAGUUACCGCUCCACACUGGAAUCCACGUACCUGGGUACGUCGUCUCAGAGCAGCUCCGCGGCGUCGAGCACGCCCAACUCCCCGGCUCCGUCUCACCACAUGAGGCCCAGCUCCCUGCACGGCCUGUCCCCUAAACUCCACCGACAGUACCGCUCCGCUCGCUGUAAGUCCGCCGGCAACAUCCCGCUGUCCCCUCUGGCCCACACCCCAUCCCCGACCACCUCCUCCCCACCGCCUUUCACCGGACACACGGUGGGGAGCUCCAACACCACCCAAACGUUCCCCGCCAAGCUGCACUCCUCGCCUCCCGUCGCUCGCCCUCGGCCCAAGUCGGCCGAGCCGCCCAGGUCCCCCCUGCUGCAGCGGGUGCAGUCCGCAGAGAAGCUAGGGACGCCCGUCCUACCUUCCUCCUCGUCUUCAUCAUCAUCGCCGUCUCCGCUGACGGGUGGGGUGUCUCUGCGGAAGCAUAGCCUGGAGGUGACCCACGGGGACUACAGGAGAGAGUCCUUCCACUGUGAACACAGUCUGCAGAGUUUACUUGAGAUUGAAGGAGAGAACGGACCCGCUCCUCCAUCUCCAUCCUCAUCUUCCUCUCCCUCUCCUCCUUCCGGAGCAGAGAUGGGGGGCCUGAACCAGGUGAGGAGGCUGGGGAGGCAGGAAUCGCCGCUAAGUAGGGACGCGCUCGUAGCAAAUAAGGACAAAGAUAAGAUCACGUCAGCACCUGAGCAUGCCRGGCAAAGUGAGAGGAAGGUUCCCCCAGCAGAGCCUAAGACCAGUGUGGUGGAAACGAGCAAGGCUUCAUCCUCCGCUGCAGUCGGAAUGAAAUCUGCUCCUUCACACAGAGAGACCAAGUCCAGUCUUGGGAGCAAACCUCCAAACGCUUUAAGUUCCGAGGCAGCAGUCGGCCAGAGUAAACCCAGUGAGAAAACCUCAAGUCCAGGUCCAUCCAAGAGCCGGCAGCARGACACCAAGYCRCAGACAGACAGCAGACCUGCAACCAAAGCUCAGGAAAAGGUAGAAGAGAAGGAAAAGGGUGCUGGAGURGGGGACAAAGCUAACUUGCAGUCCAAACAUCGUAAAGGCCCGGAGGUCGGAGAGAAAGGAGGAGUCAGUGGGAGCGAUAAAGCAACUGAAUCUACAAAAACCAAAGGACCUGCACCCUCUGCUCCAGCCCAGGUUCAACCCUCCUCCUCUGCCCGACACCGAGCGGAGCGGCCCGCAGUCAGCAACCGAGGCCCCAGGGAGGAGAGGGCUCACCUGGAGGCCCUGGAAGAGAACCCCGUGUCCCCCUCCUCAGUCUCACCCCCACCCAACAAGUCCAGGCCCAUGUCCCCCGGAGACAAAGCCAGCUUCGUUACGCAGCUCACAAGCGUGGCCAAAACAGUGCUGGGGCCCAUAAAAGGGGCCUCGCAGGAGACAGGCAAGGUGAAAGACACCWCAAAGACAAACGAGGACAGGAAGGGAGGUAAGACAGAGGCCACAUCUGGGGGGGUCCGCCGGGGGGCUCAGGGCUUGGCUUCAGGCAGCGUCGGUACUGCUCACUCUGAUAAAACUCGAAGCUCCAAACACCAUUCGUGACGAAAAGAAUAUCUGGAUAUUGAAGCUGUCCUGUCCCGUGUAAUGCCUUUAACUGUAGCGUCAUACUUAACAUAUCAUGACUUUAUA